GUUUAGACACGCAGAUGAGGGUACAGAAGGGAAAAAGGGACGAAGACGCGGGUGCUGACCCCCGGAGUCCGCUUAUAUAGCGACGAAGGAAGGAUGUGGUCUAUACACAUGCAAAUCCUCAGAAAGAGUCGGGGCGGAAAAGAAGGGGAUUGGCUAGCAGCGAGAAGAGAAGGAAGGGUCUCAGCCAGAGCAAGGCACCCGCCAGAAAGCAGGCGCGGGUGUUGUGUAGUCUCUGCGUUCAUUUCUGAGAGAGAUGGACGUGGGGAGGCAGGAGGAGCAGGUGGUGGUGGAGAAAAAGGGGAAGAAGAAACCGAGGGUGUUGUGCCUCCAUGGAUUCCGAACCAGUGGUGCCAUCAUGAAUAAGCAGAUCCAUAAGUGGCCCGAUAGCCUCGUGGACAAGUUCGAUCUCGUCUUCCUCGACGCGCCCUUCCCUGCCGAAGGCAAAUCCGACGUCGAGCACAUCUUCCCCCCUCCCUACUACGAAUGGUUCCAAUUCAACGAGAAAUUUACGGAGUAUAGGAAUUUCGACGAGUGCCUUGCCUACAUAGAGGACUUCAUGGUCGAGAACGGGCCCUUUGACGGGUUCAUGGGUUUCUCUCAGGGUGCAAUCCUCUCAGCUGCUCUGCCAGGCCUGCAAGCAAAGGGGUAUUGCCUGAAGAAGGUGCCCAAGAUACAGUUCGUGGUGAUCAUCUCAGGGGCGAAGUUUGCCAAGGCAGAUGUGGCGGAACUCGCCUACUCCACAAAGAUUGACCGCCCUUCCAUCCAUUUUCUUGGGGAGACGGACUUCCUGAGGCCACACGGAGAGGUGUUGCUGGAAUGCUAUGAGAACCCGAAGAUCAUUCGUCACCCCGUGGGACACACUGUCCCUAGACUCGAUGAGAAAGCACAGAAGGUUAUGCUGGAUUUCAUAGAGAGCAUAUGAAUGGAAACGGGGGGCAAGGGUAUAUAUAUGGUGACUGGUGAAGACGACAUUAUUAGGUCAUCCUCAUCAGAUUUUUUUAUGGAUUUCUUUAGCAAAUUAAUGUACUAGCUACCAUCACUCGUAUAUUUAGCUUAUUGUUAACUAUUAUUUGAAAUAUUAUGAAAGCACAAUUCCCGUA